AUGGACAAAGAUUGCGACAUGGUUUAUAAAAAUAUUUCUGACAUAUAUAAAUCGGUGGAGUUUAAGACAUACGACAACUUUGUUUCAUUAGUUGCUGAAUGUGUUUGGGAAAUAAGAGAUAAAGAUAGAAGAGACAAAGUAUGGAACGAACAAAUAAGACCCGCUAUGUUUGAGAUGAAGAGAGCAAUUGACGCUUUAGUUGUUUUAGCUGGUAAUGUUUCAAUGUAUAACGCAAAAACGAUGCCGCAAUGUUCAAAAUGUAAAGCAGCAAUAAGAAAAUAUAACUACUCAGUCAAAGAGAUAGAAAGAAUGCGAAACGACUAUGCAGACUUAAAGAAAGAAGCAGAAAAGCCAGCAGAAGAUAAAAUGGAUAUGUUGACAUUUCUUAAUAAAAACUAUCCAACAGCAGAAGAUUUCCUUCUGUCUGACGUCAAGAAGAAAUAUAAAGAGACUUUCGGCACGAUUAAAACAUUCGAUGUACUAAAAGAAGAAAUUGAAGCUACGAAAUUGUUUAGGAUUUCAAAUAUACAUCGUACAAUUCAUGUAAAACGCUUGUGA